UGGGGGUCUGGGCCAGCAAGGACUUAUUACCACGGACAUGGGCCGAGGAGCCAGAGGCGGCCCAGAGGCCCGGGGUCAGUGAGCGGCUGUGCUUUGCGAGGCCACGGGACGGGACGCACGCAGGGCUCCCGGUCGCCAUGGGGAUGGCUGCCCUGGGCCUCCUCUGGGCACUGCCCCUGCUCCCUCUCUUGGUGCUUGGGGUCCCCACCCAGGAGCCCAACGCCGGGGAAGUGGCGGCCUCUGGUCCUCCUGGGCGUUGCAGACGGUGCUGUGACCCCGAGGAGCUCCUGGCCCCCGCUGAUGCGGCAGAUGCGUCCCCGGCCUCUCCGGCUGCCCAUCCGUACGUGCUGCCUGAGGUCAAGCCCUACAUUAACAUCACCAUCCUGAAGGGUGACAAAGGGGACCGAGGCCUGCUGGGCACACCCGGGAAGCUGGGCAGGGAGGGUCCCCGGGGAGAGCGGGGACCACAGGGCAGCAAGGGCGCCAAGGGGCAGGCAGGCAGCCCCGGCAGCCCAUGCCAGACGCGCUUCUCGGCCUUCUCAGUGGGCCGCAAGACGGCCCUGCACAGCAGCGAGGGCUUCCAGCCGCUGCUUUUCGACACGGUCUUUGUGAACCCCGAUGGCCAUUUCGACCUGGCUGCCGGCCACUUUGUCGCCCCGCUGGGGGGGCUCUACUUCUUCAGCCUCAACGUGCACAGCUGGAACUUCAAGGAGACCUACGUGCACGUGGUGCACAACGAGGAGGCGGCCGUGAUCCUGUACGCCCAGCCCAGCGACCGCAGCAUCAUGCAGAGCCAGAGCGUGAUAUUGGCCCUGGCGCCCGGCGACCGCGUCUGGGUGCGGCUCUUCAAGCGCGAGAGGGAGAACGCUGUCUACAGCGACGACGUGGACACCUACAUCACCUUCAGCGGCCACCUCAUCAAGCCCGAGGAGGAUUAGCGCCUCCUGCGGGGC